AUGAUUCAUCCAUCGGAUAAAAGGAGUGGCAAGAGAGUGGGACGGGACGUGGAGCCUGGGGCCCAGCACUCCAGGGCCCAGUGGGACAGGAAGGCCGAACCGCAGCAGCAGGACCCGGUCCAGUCCAUCGAGGGCCACGGCCAGGUGCUGCCGCUUGGAGGGCUCUGGAAGCAAGAUGAGUGCAGCCUGGCCCUGCAGAACAGUCUGGAGCCAGAUGGGACGGAUCAGCCCGCCAGGCCCUCUACCACUGGAGCCACAAGUGAUCACGGCACCUCCAGCAACAGGCGGCCUACCAAGCGCUCCGCGGACAGUUCGUCCAACUGCGCCGACUGCCCGGCCGCCAAGUGCAGGCGCUCCGCCCAGAAGCGGCCGCACCACAGACACGAGGCUGCUGGGGUUCCGGCCGGGACCCCCGACUCUGGGCCGGCAGAGAACCAAGCGUCGGGCAACUCGGACCCGUGGCAGCCGGCGGCGGCGUCCGAGAGGAGCGCGCGGCUGCUCCUGGUGCUGUGCCGCGCGUCUGCGCUGUGCUUGCAGCUGCCCCCGCAGCAAGUGUGCGCCCGGGUCGUGGUGCAGCCGCGGAGCAUCGAGGAGGCGGAGGCGCGCCGCCGCAAGGAAACCCGCACAGCACCCGCCGUGGAGGUGCACAGGGGCGUGCUCUGCCCCAGCCGCCCUGAGGGCACCCUGGACUUGCAGCGCGCCGCCGGCGGCAGAGCACACGAGGCCCCAGAGCCAGGCUGCGCCUCCCCGGUGGGUCGCGAGACACAGACCGAUGGGUCUCUAACUCGCGCAGGCCUGCACAUCUGCUCCUGUUCCACUUGGCCCAGCAGCUUUACUUGCUGGCAUUGCCUGGGUCUGUGCCACACCCGCAUCUUCGAUGUCCUCCUUCCUCGGGCCUGGCCGGCCAUGCCGGGGAGAGGACCCCCAAACCUCCUCACCUUCUACAGAAAACCUACAAGAAAACACUCCAGUCAUCACAAUUCUCAUGCUCCAAGCCCUGGGGACUGUUGCUGUGGCUCUAGGGGCCCUGGGAGCUGCCUACUUCACCACUGAAUCCGUGUGAACAAACCCCCAUGUCCAU